AAGUGCCAGCUCCGUCCUUCUCUUUCCUUUCGUUUCCCUAUCCUCCCUGCUCGUGUCUUUUUCUUCUUUAUAGACUCUGACUCUACUUUCCACUGGAACUUCAACGUUAAUAAUGCCUUUCACGCCCGACUCUGAGCUUGACCUGCUGUUCCCGCCUGACAUAAUUGGGGAGGACGUGAAGAGUCAGCUACAUCCUGACUUACACAUUCGGCCUCUAGCCUCCACAGACUACCGUCGUGGCCACCUCCAAGUCCUGUCCGUGCUCACCAUCGUGACGGACCCCGGCGAGCCCGCGUGGGUUGCGCAGUUCAACGCAAUACGCUCUACGCCCAAGACAUACUACACUAUCGUCAUAGUCGACAAGGCCUCAGACGCAAUUGUCGCCGUGGGAACACUCUUUGUCGAGCGGAAGUUCUUGAGGGGGCUCUCGAGCGUGGGGCACAUUGAGGAUAUAGCUGUGGAUAAGCGACAGCAGGGAAAGAAGCUCGGUUUGAGGAUCAUUCAGGCGCUGACGGGGAUUAGUGAGAGGAGUGGCUGCUACAAGACGAUUCUGAAUUGCAGCGAUGCGAAUAUCCCCUUCUAUGAGAAGUGCGGAUACAUGAAGAAAGAGAACGAGAUGGCCAAGUACGCACCAGAGCGAGCUGUCACGCCUGUCCCUCGGCUUUAGUUCCGUCUAUAUAUUGUGCACCGAGCACCUUGCGGAGUCGUUUGGGAGCGUAGGCUCUGCUGCUUUUGAUGGACUCAGUGAUGGACACACCUUAACGUACAUAUACACACUGCGACUAGAUGUAAUACUCCAUAAUUAAAUGCAAUGUCUUGUUUUU